GAGAGAGCUGCGCGAGCCGCCACUUAUGUCCGGGUGUUCUCGUGCCUGUCUGCCGGUGCGCGCGCGCGAGGAUGUGUGUGUGUAUAUACAGCCGGGUAAUUUGUGCUCGAGCAGAUGUAGCUAAUUUUCGAGUACGUCGUCCUCCAGCUGGACAACAUCAGGAUGUCUGCGGAAAUAUUGGAGAAAAAGAAGACGAUAGACCUGAGGAAGAAGCACGUAGGGCCAUCUUGUAAGAUUUUCUUCGGCCAUGACCCGAUCAAGAUUGUGCGAGCCAGAGGCCAGUACAUGUAUGAUGAAAGGGGACAGUGCUACUUGGAUUGCAUCAACAACGUGGCUCACGUGGGCCACUGUCACCCGGAUGUGGUGAAGGCAGGAGCUCAGCAGAUGGAACUACUCAACACCAACUCGCGUUUCUUGCAUGACAAUCUUGUGCUGUAUGCCCAGAGGCUGCAAGCCACACUGCCUGACAAGCUGUCUGUGUGCUACUUUGUCAACUCUGGCUCCGAAGCCAACGACCUGGCCCUCCGACUAGCAUGGCAGUACACAGGCCACAAAGAUAUCAUCACAUUGGAAAAUGCGUAUCACGGCCAUGUCUCAUCGCUCAUUGACAUCAGUCCUUAUAAGUUCCACCACCUGUCAGAUGCUGAGCGGAAUCCAUCUGUCCAUGUGGCUCCUAGCCCAGAUGUGUACAGAGGCAAAUACAGAGCGGACCACCCUGAUCCUGCGACAGCAUAUGCAGAUGAAGUAAAAGAUAUGAUACACAAAGUCCAUGAAAAAGGAGGCAAGAUUGCUGCUUUUAUUGCUGAGUCAUUGCAGAGUUGUGGCGGGCAGGUCAUUCCCCCCCUGGGCUACUUCCAGCAAGUGGCAGAACAUGUCCACAAAGCAGGGGGCAUUUUCAUCGCUGACGAAGUCCAAGUGGGCUUUGGGCGCGUUGGCACCCACUUCUGGGCCUUCCAGCUUCAGGGAGAGGACUUUGUGCCGGACAUUGUCACCAUGGGAAAGCCUAUUGGCAACGGCCACCCCUUGUCAUGUGUGGUCACGACCAGAGAGGUGGCAGAGGCCUUCAUGUCAUCAGGAAUGGAGUAUUUUAAUACAUUUGGCGGUAACCCAGUGUCGUGUGCCAUCGGUCUGUCUGUCCUAGACGUGAUUGUGAAAGAGGAUCUCCAGGGUAAUGCCCUGCGUGUGGGGCAAUACCUGACCAAUCUGCUAGAAAAGCAGAAGCAGAAGCAUCCACUGGUUGGUGAUAUCAGGGGGCGUGGCCUCUUUGCUGGGAUGGAGCUUGUGAAGGACAGGUUGAAGCUCACUCCAGCUACAGCUGAAGCCCAAGAAGUCAUAUAUAAGCUAAAGGAACAGUACAUCCUCCUUAGUGCUGACGGACCUCAUCGCAAUGUGCUCAAGUUCAAGCCUCCCAUGUGCUUCACUACAGAAGACGCUGACCUGGUGGUGGGGAAAAUCGACCACAUUCUCACAGAGCUUGAGGAAGCAUUGGGCAUGAAGCUGAACAACACACUGAGUGUAGAGAAUGAAAGCAGUAAAAGAAAGCUGCCGGCUGAUGAAAAUGGACACCAGUAUCACAGUGGGUUAGAACACAACAAAGGGAGCAGUCGAGGAGCUCCUCAACAAACCAAACGCCUCAGGACAUAACGCUGCCUCCGAACAGUCAGAGCUGUGACGUAACAACACUUACGCUUUCACAUAGUUAAAGAACUGGGAUCAGACACUAUAAAGACAAAAGUGCCUUUACAUGUAACCUAAUGAAAAGUGUUUUUACAUUAAUAAUGAUAGACUGUAUAUCUCUGAGAUAGCAGUGUCUUCUCAGGUAUUUUAAUUUCUGCCAACAUUAACUUGACCAUGAUUUUCAGGGAAUUUUAAUGUUAAUAAAUCAAACGGUAUUAUGUUAAAACAUUCAAUUGUUUUCGUUGCUUAUAAAUGUAUCCCAGCAGUUUGUGGUUAAUAGUAUGUUUUCAAGUUUGACUUUCUGUCAUUGAAGGUUUGUACUUAAAUGGAAAGAAAUAAGAAGAUGAAUAUCUUGUGGACAAUUUCAAGAGCCACUGAUAAAUGAUAAGAUGAAUGAAGAGGGGAAAUGAAGGAAAAUAUUUGUUGGGUAACACUUUACUUGAAGGUAUUUACAUGACACUGUCAUGAACUUGUUAUAAACAUUAUGUACAUGUCAUAAA